AUGCUCCCGAUCACAUACCGCUCCUCCGAAGGACCAACCUCCGAAAUCAAGGUGUUCCAGGAUCCUGCCCCGGACUUCUCGGCGGCCAAGGCCCGCGGCGAGACGGUUCUGAUUCUGCGCAACGUUCCUGUGGGGUUUGCUGUCCGCACGCUCCACUCCUUGCUGAUGACUAGCUCCACGGAGGGGGUUCGCUGGCUUGGUGACCUUCUUUUCUUCCACAAGCUGUUUGAUCCUUACGAGGAAUCAUUCUUACCUCAGAUGCUUGGCAUUGCUGUUGCCUCCCCUAACGACCCCCUCUUUGAAGCCAUCCCUGCUGUCAUAUGGGUGCCAGGAGUUCAGGAACCUAUCCUGGUGAAUGUGUCUUCGCACUCAUGCGCUGUGUGCACUAGUAACCAUCGUACGCGCGACCACAGCAGCUUCGCUGCAGUGAGGAGGAACCGCAUCGCUAAUCCGUACCUCAUCACCAUGUGGCAGCUCCAGAAUUGCCGCUCCCUACAUGCCCCCCUGCCUUUUACAGCCAGGAUCAUUGGCCAGCACCCCGCAGUGGCUUCCUUCAAGGCCGAACCUGGUACCUUCUUCAUUGGGACGGAUCUUGAGGUGGAAGUCUGGUCUUGCGCUCUGUGCUCUUUCUGCUGCGGUUGGGCUUUGGACAGUGCGAUGGAGCAUAUCGCCAGCCCCGCUCAUCAGAACGCUAUCCAGCUGGCUUCUGGCAACAUCACGCCCCUGGAGGAGUACGGGGAUGUGAAAGCCCAUGUUUUCAAUCAGAACGGGACGAUCGCCACCUUCCUUGCGCAGGGUUAG